AUGUCUGGCCUUUCGAGGUCAGCAAACCCUCAGGCCGCCGCUGGAGGCCCUCCUUUGCCUUCUGCUCCUAUCAGAAGCCCUCCUCUCCCUCUUCUUGCCGCUGGAGGUCCUUCCCUACUUCCUAUUGCUACUUCUGGAAGCGCUCUUCCUGGCUUUGUGGCUACCCCACCCCUCGCGACAGAGCUCACAGCUGCCGCUGCCGCCCCGGGCACAGUCAGAGAGGCCCUCGCCGCCGCUGCCACUGCGCUCGCCAUGGUAACGACUGCCGUACAGGAAGCAAACACGGCCGUAGAGGAUGCCGAGAUUGCCGUACAGGCCGCAUCCGCCACUGUAGCCACGAAUACACCUGCCUCGUCCUCCGCCCGUCCUCAAUUCAUCGUCGCCUCACCGACCGCAUCCUCACUAAGCGCCGCCUCCAGAGCCACCUCUCGCCCGCCCAUCUUCAAUGCCUCUCGCCGACCCACAGCCUCUGCCUCGAGACCCGGCUUCGAUGCAUCUAGCGCCGCAGCCAGCGCUCCCUCUCGCCAGCCCACCCUCAAUACCUCUCGCCAGCCUGCUCAAGAUACCGCUCGCCAGCCUCCCGCCAGCUCCUCGAGGUCCGCCACCCCUCGUCGCACCGCCAACGCCUCCAGCCCAACCACUCGCCGCUCAGCGUCUACCUCCCCGCUUGCUGCCGUCGCUGCUACCCUUGCUGCUGGUGCAUCGUCUACUGCACUUCCACCUGCUGCCGUCAUCCAAGCGCAGCGUCUGAAGCGUAGCGACAUGACGGAAUGUAAGCCGGCAGAGGCAUACAAGCAGCUGGAGACAACAAGAUCGCAAUGGCAGGGCUAUCACGCUGCACCAAGGCCCAGCACAGCGCCGGCGUCUCAUCCCUUCUCUGCGCAGAUCUUGCAGCAAGAGAGGGCAAAGCGAGCACAGACGCCGCUGGAAGAUGCUGAGGCAGAAGCGAUCUGGCAGCUGUGUCCGCCAAUCUUCGAGACGCUGGCACAAGGAGGCCCACUGGCACCGCUCAUGGACGAUGGCACCCUGCAAACUCCUAACACUGGUGUGACAGUAGGGGCAGUUCUGCAGGCGUUCGAGGAGGCCCAUCCAGUGCAGAGGCACUGGGUGGCAGAGGCUAAGCGGGCUCCCAACCAGAUCACGAUCAGAUACGCAGGGAUCUGCAUCGAUGGCGAGCCAGCAUGGCGGCUAGAGCAGAAUGAAGACUCGGCAGAAGCUUCUGAGGACUCUUCGAAGGGGAUCACCACCACUCGUAUCCUCAAAUUCAUGUCAAAGUUCUCUGAGCAGGGGAUCUGGCGGACCUAUGCUGUGCCAAUCCUUGAGCUGCCAGCACUGGGCCCAACAAGGAUACCGUUGCAGACGCUGGUGGAUUCCUACGGCUGGAUCUGCGCUUCCAUUGCACCCACCACUCUGCCCCUGGCUGUGACACGGCAAAUGCGUCUCAAGCAAAGCAAUGCCGUCGUUGCACCCAGGGAGGCUGCGCUGAUUCACUGCGGAGCUAUAGGCAGCCCAAUGUUGAAUUCGGCCAGUCACGGCGGACUGGGCACUCUGGACGGCGUGGGGUUCCCUCCCAGAGUGCAGGCGCUCCGGCUUCAGGUAGCUCAAGCCUGCAGCGGUCCCCGUCCUCCCCUCGGCGGCUUCGGGCAAGAGGUAUUGGAGAGAAUUGCGCAGCUGUUUCGCAGCACCGCUGCUGCUCUGUCUCUUCCCGUGGCGUCGCAUAUCAUCGCUUCGACCACCCUCUACGCCGCGGCUCCGGGCAGGUCGUUUCACAUCCUCAAGGACGUGACGGCCGAAGACAUCGCCGGUGAGGCUACGCGAUUCGGAGCGUUUGCUGGACCUGGCUUGUCCUCUUUCCGGAAUGCAAUGGCCUGGGCAACUGGUCAACGCAGCGAAGGAGAGAGCCUGGAGCUGAUGGGGCCCAGUGCGGACAUCUGGCCUUUUGCUGCCCCCCGCAUGGACCACCUCGUCCAGUACUGUGCUCUGCUGCGGGACCUCCUCACGGUGCGAAAGAAAGCCGGCUGCUCGGACGUCCUUGUCAUCCGUUCGGGUGACGGCUACAACUGCUUGAUCACUCGCCGCGGCCUGUCUUCGCGCUCGCCCGACCACAGCCCAGGGUCGAUGAAGACAGAGGCAAUCUUGCAGGAGGCCGGGACGUUACACGUGAUCGAGGUAGGAGAGGAUCGCAUGCCCUCAAUCGUAGUCUUCCAUGCGGGCUGUAUAAAGUACAACGGUGACUACAUGGUGGAGAGGGAUCUGCAGGUGCUUUGCGGGCUGGUAGUCCUGAAAUACCUCAUUCUCCUCAAGCAUGUACGGCCGCGGAUUGAUCUAGGGGAUUCUGUGGCUGCAGCACAGGCAGAGUCGCACAUGCUGGGUCUCGAGGGAGCUGGUGGUAGUCCGCAACAGGGUCUUUCGCCGAUACAGCUCCCUGUGCUCCCGUAA